UUCAAAGUGUAUGCGUGUGGGUUGUACAAAAUUGACUCAUAAACAGCGAAUUCUCUAAUCAUAUUCAUGAUUUGUUGGUCAUCAAAUACCGUCGGCUGUGGUAUAUUCUAAUUAUAUUUUUCAAAGCAACUGAAGCAGAUCGCAUCUAUUAAAAAGGCGUGAGCCAAAUACCAAAUCGGGUCAUUGUGUUUUGAAGAUAGUUUGGUUCUGGACAAAAUCGCGAUGUCAACAACAUUGAAGCCGUAUUUGACUGCUGUUCGUCAUACAUUGACGGCGGCAAUGUGUUUAACAAAUUUCUCAUCGCAAGUGGUUGAGCGUCACAACAAGCCGGAGGUGGAGGUGCGAACGAGUGAAGAGUUGAUUUUAACACCGGUCGUCAUAUCGCGCAAUGAAAAAGAACGUGUUUUAAUCGAAAGCAGCGUGAACUCUGUUCGUAUUUCGAUUGCCGUCAAGCAGGCCGACGAAAUUGAAAAGAUUUUGUGUCACAAAUUCACCCGUUUCAUGAUGAUGCGUGCCGAAAAUUUUGUCAUUCUACGCCGUAAACCAAUUGAAGGCUAUGACAUCAGUUUUUUGAUCACAAAUUUCCACACCGAACAAAUGUACAAGCAUAAGUUAGUCGAUUUUGUGAUUCAUUUCAUGGAGGAAAUCGACAAAGAGAUCAGCGAAAUGAAAUUGGCGGUCAAUUCACGGGCACGUAUCUGUUCGGAAGAGUUUUUGAAGAGAUUCUAAAGCGAGAAGACACAGAUGGAAGCCAGCCCACAACUGAAGCAAAUAACUGAAACUUUAACAGUACGCAUCAAAUUUAGAAGUUUAGGGUCAACCUUUUUCCAAUACAUUUCACAAAAAAAA